ACCAAAUACUUCGACUCGAUGACCCGUUUGUGCGUUUUCCCGAGUCGCGAACGACUCCGUUAAAUCGGCCGAGUCUCUUCCACUGUCCCGACAAUAAUGCGCUGUGUCUUCACUAAAUCCUUCUGUGCCGCCGCCGAGACUCACCGGAGACCGCCUUCCCCGCCACCGGAAUCCGCCGCCGCCAUAGCUAAGUUCAUCCUCUCCCCGACCACAACCCACAAAACCCUAACCGAAGCCCUAAUCUCCUCGACCAUCAAAUGGACUCCAUCCCUUGUCGACUCCGUCCUCAAGCGGCUAUGGAACCACGGACCCAAAGCCCUCGAUUUCUUCAACCUCCUUGACCGCAACCACCGCGUCUACGUCCACGCUGCCUCCUCCUUCGACCUCGCCGUCGACAUCGCCGCCCGUCUCCGCCUGCACUCUGCUGUGUGGUCCCUCAUCCACCGCAUGCGUUCCCUUCGUCUCGGUCCUUCGCCGAGGACUUUCUCCAUCGUCGCCGAGAGGUACGCCUCCGCCGGAAAACCCGACCGUGCAGUGAAGCUCUUUCUGAACAUGCACGAACAUGGGUGUUUCCAGGAUUUGAGUUCUUUCAAUACGAUUCUCGAUUUGCUGUGCAAGUCCAAACGCGUGGAGAAAGCUUAUGGAUUGUUUAGGGCUCUUAGAGGAAGAUUUAGUGUUGACGUAGUUACGUAUAAUGUGAUUGUUAAUGGUUGGUGUUUGGUCAAACGAACUCCCAAGGCGUUGGAGGUGUUGAAGGAGAUGGUGGAGAGAGGGAUAAACCCUAAUUUGACCACUUACAACACAAUGCUCAAAGGGUUUUUCCGGGCUGGACAGGUUGACCAAGCUUGGAAGUUUUUCUUGGAGAUGAAGAAACGAAAACGUGAGAUCGAUGUCAUUACUUAUACAACCGUGGUUCACGGGUUUGGCGUUGCAGGGGAGAUCAAACGGGCUAGAAAUGUUUUUGACGAGAUGAUUAGAGAAGGAGUCCUUCCUUCUGUAGCCACUUACAAUGCUUUGAUCCAGGUGUUGUGUAAGAAGGAUAGUGUGGAAAAUGCAAUUGUGGUCUUUGAGGAGAUGUCGAGGAAAGGGUACGAACCGAAUGUGACGACUUAUAAUGUGUUGAUUCGGGGGUUGUGUCAUGCAGGACAAUUUGAUCGGUCAGUGGAGCUUAUGCAGAGGAUGAAGAAAGAAGGUUGUGAGCCAAAUGUCCAGACGUAUAACAUUAUGAUAAGAUAUGAUUCUGAUUGCGGAGAGAUCGACAGGGCGUUGGAUUUGUUCGAGAAGAUGGGCAGUGGGGAUUGCCUGCCUAAUCUCGACACAUAUAACAUAGUGAUAAGUGCCAUGUUUGUGAGAAAAAGACCAGAAGAUAUGGUGGUGGCUGGUAAACUUUUGAUUGAGAUGGUAGAGAGGGGGUUUAUACCGAGGAAAUUCACUUUUAAUCGAGUUUUGGAUGGGCUUUUGUUAACCGGGAAUCAGUCUUUUGCAAAGGAAAUCUUGAGAGUGCAGAGUAAAACUGGUGGUCGGCUUCUCCGGCAGUUCAGACUGUAAAACCUUGGUUUUAUGUGAAAAGGAGAGUCACCUUCUCUGUCUAUAUCAAUCUCUCAUGAAGUGAGACUGUAGAGACUGAUUUCUUGUCGACAAAAGCAUCAGUGAUGCUUUACUUAAACAAACCAGAGAUCGGUAGGGAAAGAAAGCAAGAGUUUAUGCAAAGGGACAACCUCGAGACUUUGCCUCCUCUUGUUUGAACUAUUUGGAUGUAAUGCAAGAGCGAAACAAGGAACGGCGUGGAGCUUCUUUUCAGACGGGUUGAUCAUAUAUGGUCCGGGGUUUACGGGUUUUGUGUUAUCGGGGAGAUCAAACAGGGAGAAUUUUGGUUUGGGCUGAAGCGAUUUGGAGAAAGAGGGUUUCCUUUCUAUUGCCAGUUCAGAUUCUUUGAUUCAAGUUCCCACCCAAGAGAAGAUGGAUGUGUAAAAUGCAGACGUGAUAAUCUUCCAAGGAAAAUGGUGAAGAAAGGUAAUAUGGAAUGGCAGUUUUCAUCUUAAAAUGUGUCUGAUGAGAGAGGUGUUUGGUUUCUUCAUUUGUUCCGCAUCAUGUUUUGCCCAAAGAUUCCUAAGAGAAGCUCUCAGAUUCAUUGGAAUGGACGUAAACAAGUUUCAUUUGUAGCAUAUUUUGCUGUUGAGUUAUAAAUGCAUUUUUUUUAUAUGAAUAUUGGUUAUUAAUAUAUGUUUGUAAUUGGUGAA